CUGCAUCAAAGGGGGACACAGGCCCUCAGACUUCCAAGCUUUCAAGGAUUCUCCUUGGCUGGAGUCAAAGAAACUUUCAAAAGGGGGGUUGUGAUGAUUAAUAAUGCAAUGCUUGACCACAAACACCUGCAGCUUGGGGAGGUGUUGAGAGCAUCUGCAUAUUUCGUGUGAGCCAGAGGGGGUGUUUGUACCUGGAUGGGGUGGUCUCUUCUGCACUCUCUCUGGUUGAGCUUGUUAGAAAGUUCACUUCUAGCCGUUUUCCCUUUCGGCGAAAUGAAUCAUGUUUUCUGGCUCUCCAACAGGAGACCAACUAUACCUCUGCAUGCAAAACACUUUAUUUUGUACUUUAUAUAAAAGCGCAGUUGUUACGAAUGCAUUCGGAACUGUUGAACAAAACCAUACUACGAUAUUCGUAAUAACUAAUGAGUUGUAGCCUUUGAGGCAGAUAAAAAAUUGAGUGGACUCAAAGUUUUGUCUACUAGAAACCAGGGGCGCAUAAAUACUCAAGUAUAUCCUGUCGGCAACAUCUGGAGUCAACUAAUGGGAAUGUAGCCUUGCCAAGAUUAAAAUAUUCGUGGGUUAUACAGAAUGAGCGUGAGACAAAUAAAAAAAAGAUAUAUAUUUGUAUUUAUGCGUUUAACAUGCGCGUGAUCGUUUCCGCCGCUCCGCAAGUGGGCGCGCUUUCCAAGCCAUGGUGCAAUGCUACAAAGCGCCUCUGACUCAGCCAAUGACCAUCCUGGUCGUCAGAUUUCAUCCAAUGAAUGUAGAAAACAGGCGGGAUUCAGUCGCACUGCCUUGGGUUUAGCCAAUGAAUGCGUAGAAGCAAGUGCCUUUUAUCCAAUGAGUUUAGAAAGAGGGCGGGAUUUAGCAGUGCGGCGCGGGGGUUAAGGAAGUCUGUCAGGAAAGCGCUAUUCGUGUUUAUAUGAAUUAAGUGUUUAUUUGAAUAACUACGUAUUUUAUUACUAAUGCAAAUAACACAUGGCCGACUCGGACAUCUGAAGCUCGAGUCACAUCGUCCCACUGCGUCAUGAUCGCGCGCACUUUGAGAUGAGCAGUUGCCACAGCAACAGCAGCAGCAUCACUGAGCUGCUAGCAUCUCUCUGCGACUGCAGCCUCUCCGGGUUGUCAUGGAAACGCCGUGCUCAUGGCGCUGUGUCGCGGGAGGGUGUGCGUCGAAUCCUGCGCAGGCAUGCGUACGGGGUGCUGCUGGCUGGGCUCUUCCAAGACGGGGUGUCCGUACCGGCACCCAACGCCCUGGCGAACACCCCUGCCCGUAACAAAAUACUCAUGAUCUCCUUCGACCUACGGGUGUCUGGCCGCGAGGAGGAGGCGGAGCGAUUGGAGGAGCUCCUGGAGCAGCUGUAUGACGAUGUAGAUGCCUCCGGACUGUCCGAACUUAAUUCCAUCCUGGAACUCCUAGUGCAGCUCGCUGGAUCCGAGGCUCCGCCCCCUUUGUCUUUCAGUCAGGACUACAUGAGGCGCGACCGUCCCGUGCAGCGAAGACCCCCGCUGGGUGGGUACUUGAGUCAGGACAUGCAGAGGUUGGAGGAGAGGGCAUGGUCCCUGAUCUGCAGGGAGGAGUGGGGUGCGUUCGGGGGCCUAUGUAGGACCUUGAACAUCAUGGAUGCCCCGCCGGGUUUUGGGCUGCUGGGAUUGGGGCGCAGAGCGGAGACAGAGGAGAAGUUUGAGAGGGAGACUAGACAGUCACUGUUUGGUGCCCUCCAGCACUCCAGAACAACAGAUAUGGACGUACGACUGGACCUGCCACCUGUUCCUAGUAACGCAGACCUUACCGGACUCAGUAUACGGGUUCCUUCAUGUCUGGAUCAAUCUGAGGAUGAGGGCUUCCAGUCCGCCACUAAUCUGACUCCAGAUUCCCAGUCUGAGCCCAGUCCCGGUCCAGAGAUCGACGUGUGGGAGGCACUGCGGACGUUCGUGCCAGGUAGACGCCGCUGUUGGGAGAACAUCGGCUGUCCGCCAGGUCAGACAGAUGCUCCGUACCUGACGGAGGCCGGCAGAGAGGCGUUUGAUCAGCUGUACAGGCUUUGGGAAGGAGAAAUGAGGAACGUUCUGUCCACACAGACCCCGUCACCUCUCCUGCCGUUGCCAUUGGACUGUCAGAGUCAGCUGGUCAAAGAUGUGCUCAAUGUGUUGAUCGGUGUUGCUUCUGCCACGUUCCCCCUCAAUGAGGCAAGCGUGCAGUUUGACGUUCGUCCUGAUAUAUGCGUGUCCGGUACGUCUCCUGAGAGCGUGUCUCGUCUCUUGAGUGAGCUAGCGCAGUACGGCACGCAUUACCUGCGCUUGAGUCGCUUCUCGCUGAGCGGCGGGAGUCAAAAAGGACUCGUCUUCCAGGCGUUUACUGGCGGGCUGCGGCGCUAUCUGCAUUACUACAGAGCGUGCGUGUUGAGCACUCCAUCCUCUCUGAGUCUCCUAACCAUCGGCUGUCACUUCCGCAAACUGGGCCGUCAGCUCAGGUAUCUGUCGGAACUGUGUUGUGUGGAUGGAGUCGCUGGUGUGGGACGAGCAACUUUUCCCGCAGGUGUGAAGCUGCUCUCGUGUCUGUAUAAUGAAGCUCAGAGUAACUGCAGUAAUGAGAAUCAUCCGGUGCUGCUUUCUCUCCUGAAGAGCAGCUGUGAGCCGUACACCCGGUUUGUUUCAGACUGGGUGUACGGAGGCUUCUUCCGUGACGUUUAUAAAGAGUUUAUGAUUGAGGUCAAUGAAGACUAUCUGACCUACAGAGACAAGAAUUUUUGGAUGCAGGGGUACACUCUCAUCUCACGAGACGCGGAGGACUGCGUGCCUGUCUUUCUCAAACACAUCGCCAACGACGUUUAUGUCUGUGGAAAAACCAUCAACCUGCUGAAGAUCUGCUGCCCACAGCACUACAUCUUCUGGUCGGAUAUACCGGUGCCCAGGAUAGCUGUGACGUUCUCACUCGAAGAAGUGGAGGAGAUCGAGAGAGACUGCGCCGUGUACCGCGGUAGAAUGGAGACGAUCGCCAAGCACAGCGCCAUCAGCAGGGAGGAGAAGGCGAUACGCACUGAGCAGGCACGACAGGAGCUCAUUAACCAGGUCAUGCAGACGGCAGCCAAGACCCUGGAGAGGAUUAGAGGCCACCAGGUGUCGCAGCGUCUGGCGGAGGAGGCUCAGAAGAGGGAGCGAUUCGAGGAGCUGAAACAGCAGCUGGAGUUGAACCAGGAGUGGCGUGGUGCUGCGAAGCGGAGGGAACUGGAAGACGAUUUCAGCUACGCUCGAGAGCUCCGGGAUCGAGAACAGAGACUGCAGGCACUCGAGGAGCAGCUGGAGCGCCGGGCACGGAUGGAUCUAAUCGCUCAGUACAGUCAGUUAUCUGAAGCCGCCGCUCGACGUGAGCUCAGAGCCAUGUGGAAGGUUCAGAGGAUGAAGCUCGAUGAGCUCCGGGUGAACUUUCUAGAGCAGGACCAGCUGAAUUUUCAGGCUCUGAUGGAGAAGUUUCCUUUAGGUCAGGAGAGGCCGCUUCCAGAAACAACACACAAACAACAACACCAUCAGCUACCUGAGGCUCAGAAUCAAACACCGACCACAAAAGACGCUGCUAUCCCAGAAUCCUCUGCUCAUCCUUGCCCUCCUGCGAUUGGUGGAGUUGAUGCUUUAAAAUCAGAGGAAAUUGACGCAUCUGAUUUCCUCCCAAAACCACCACCCGUUCCUGACAGUGGUGCUAUGACCCAGGCUCUCCAAGACAUCGGUUCGGACUUGCCAGAAUCCAUCAGUGGUUCUGUUUCAAAUCCACAAAAUUCAGACCAUGUCCUCCCACAUCCUUCAGACUCUCACAUAAGUGUUGGAGAAAACGUCUUGGAUGUACAGGAGUCCUUCCCCACACCUACUCCUCACGGACAAGCAUCCAAGUCCAGCUUCCCGUUGGGUAAAUUCACUCCAGAGGUGCCGAUGGGUCAGCCGAAGGCUUGCAUUCAUGGACACCCUUCACAGAGCUCGGUACAGCUGGGCGACCACCCCGCCUCAGGGCAGGACAAGGGUACAAUACGGUUGGACUCAAACGGCUGGGCCAUUGAAGAGAGAGCUUGUGAUGCAAAGAGCAAUCACCAGAACACAGAGGAACGGCCAACUGGAGAUGAGGCGAGAACAGAGCCCGUAGCAGCCAGCACAGGUUCAGAGCCAAAGCAAGCCGCCCAGGAGCCAACAGAGGAAGCCAAGUCCUGUGAGAGUGUCAGCCAGCCCUCUCACUCCUCUCAGCCAGAAGAAAAGCAAUCUGUGCCUCCUCUCACCAGCUUCCAUGACUUAGAAUUUGAUGCACAUAUGAAAAAUAACACCACUGAUCCAACGAUGAUCUCAUCUCAACCCUCCCUUGAUGUCCAUAGACACGCCUCCGAUGCCCAUAUAAGGGUGGGUGAACACGUUUCUGAGGUAUCCUCCCCCAUGCCCACCCCUAACAUCCAUGGCCAUGCCUCUGACGCCCAUAUAAAAGUAGGGGGACAUGUUUCUGAGGUAACUACCCCUGUACCCACCCCUAACAUCCAUGGCCAGGCCUCUGACGCCCAUAUAAGAAUAGGUGAACACAUCUCUUAGGUAGAUACCCCUGUCCCCACCCCUAACAUCCAUGGCCACGCCGCUGACGCCCAUAUAAAAGUAGGUGAACACAUGUCCGAAGUAACUACUCAUGUCCCCACCCCUAACAUCCAUGGCCACACCUCUGACGCCCAUAUAAGAAUAGGUGAACACAUCUCUGAGGUAGAUACCCCUGUCCCCACCCCUAACAUCCAUGGCCACGCCGCUGACGCCCAUAUAAAAGUAGGUGAACACAUGUCCGAAGUAACUACUCAUGUCCCCACCCCUAACAUCCAUGGCCACACCUCUGACGCCCAUAUAAGAAUAGGUGAACACAUCUCUGAGGUAGAUAUCCCUGUCCCCACCCCUAACAUCCAUGGCCACGCCUCUGAUGCCCAUAUAAAAGUAGGUGAACACAUGUCCGAAGUAACUACCCCUGUCCCCACCCCUAACAUCCAUGGCCACGCCUCUGACGCCCAUAUAAGAAUAGGUGAACACAUCUCUGAGGUAGAUACCCCUGUCCCCACCCCUAACAUCCAUGGCCACGCCUCUGACGCCCAUAUUAAAGUAGGUGAACACAUGUCUGAAGUAACUACUUAUGUCCCCACCCCUAACAUCCAUGGCCAUGCCUCUGACGCCCAUAUAAGAGUUGGAGAACAUGUUUGUGAUGUAUCCUCCCCCUUCCCCACCCCUAACAUCCAUGGCCACGCCUCCGACGCCCAUAUAAAGGUGGGUGAGUUUGUGUUUGAUGUCGCUACCUCUCGCCCACGUUGGAGCAAACACGGUCACUCCUCCGAUAGCACCCUUAAAGCGGGUUGCACAAUUCCUGAAAACGCACCUUCACCCACCCCUCUUCCCGGCAGCGCAUACGGUCACUCGUCAGAUUCAGUGCUAACAGUCGGGUGUGUCGUGACGGGCGUCCACCCCAAGCCCUCUCCACUGCCUGGCAGCGAGUACGGACAUUCCUCGCAGUCAACUCUGGGUGUUGGUUGCGUCGUCAGUGGGGUCGAGAUCACUCAAGCGAACUCUUUUCCCAGAAGCAUUCAUGGACAUUCCUCAGACUCGGCGUUGGGUAUGGGAUGCAGGGUGGGCGGCGUGGUGCCGGGGAGUUUGUAUGGUGACAAAUCGAACAGAUUGGACCAGCCUUUAGAUGAGACGGAGAAACAAGCCUGGAUGGACACCGAGGCGCCCCCUAGUAUGUCAUUCUCCCUCGACGAGGGGCUCACUGCCUGGGCUCUUGGACUCGGUCUGUGCCCUAAAGAAAGCCCAGAGGAUCGAUACCUCCUCAGCCUGGCCUCACAGUACCAAGUCGAGCAGUACCAGGACUCGUACGGCCUGAUGACUGCAGAUCCUGAGUCUGAGCUCCUGCAGCAGGUGACACGGGGUCCUAACGGACUACCAGUCGACCUCUCACUUCAGAGGGCCACGGAGGCCACUGCCGUUCAGCUCAGCGAGAUGAUGCCGCUUCCCGUUCUCAUGAAACACUCGGUCACCACGCCACUGAUAACACACGUGUCUAUGGUAAACAAGGCUGUGGUGGAUUAUUUUUUCGUGGAGUUGGGUGUGGAGAAGCAUUUCGAGACUCUGAGACAUUUCCUGUUAAUGGAGGAUGGAGAGUUUGCGCUCUCUCUCAGCGAUCAACUCUUCGAGAAGUUGGGCAGCGGUCAGACGCCAGGUGAGCUGUUGACCCCGCUGGUGUUGAACUCUAUUCUGAAUAAAGCGUUACAGUACAGCGUCCACGGCGACAGCGAGCUGGCCGCUCACUUUACGUUUGCUCUGAGAUAUCUGCCGGAGAUCUUUCACCCUCACGCGCCCGACUCGUUGAACUGUCUUGAGCUGCGUUACAAGGUGGACUGGCCGGUGAAUAUCGUCAUAACAGAGAGCUGUCUGAAUAAAUACAACCGACUGUUUUCCUUCUUACUGCAACUCAAACACAUGGUUUGGUCCCUCAGGGACGUCUGGUUUCACCUGAAGAGGACGGCUCUGGUGAAGGGUGCUGGUCGAUCCGUUCAGUUCCAUCAGCUUCAGCUCUACAGACAUGAGAUGCAGCACUUUGUGAAGGUCAUUCAAGGUUACAUCGCUAAUCAGAUCCUUCAGGUGUCCUGGAGCGAGUUCACACACAAACUGAGCAGCGCCAGCGAUCUGGACGCCAUUCACCGCACACAUGCAGAAUACCUCAACAGAGCCAUCUUCAGGGGUUUGUUGACAGAGAAAGCCGCUCCGGUAAUGAACAUCAUUCACAGCAUCUUCAGUCUCAUCCUGAAGUUUCGCGGUCAGCUCAUCGCACAGCCCUGGGAGCUCCAGCAGGGGGAGCCGGUGCAUCCCGGUUUCAUUGCCAUGCAGCAGUCUUACAACACCUUCAAGUAUUACUCCAGCUUCCUGUUCAAAGUGGUAAGCAAACUGGUGGACAAAGGCUAUCAACCACAUUUGGAGGACUUUCUGUUGCGGAUCAACCUCAAUAACUACUACAAAGACUCUUGAUUCUCCUUUGCGUGUUCCGUUGUCACAUGUUGUGUGUGAAUGUUGGACAGAAAAGCUUGCUGCUGUAGACAUUUUUGUCUGAAAAAGUCAAUAAGCAGAAUUCAUUUUUCUGAAAAGUUCUGUGACGUGUGCAAGUAUUGAUGCUUUUGUCCACAGAGGCUGACUGACAACUGUGUGAGUAAAAUA